AUGAGGUUCCAAUUUCUGCACAUUGGCAUCUCUUGGAAGGAGCUUUGCAAAUCAGUGGUGGCGGAAUUUAUGGGAUCAUGCCUCCUCAUCGUGACCGGAUGUGGAAGCAUUCUCGCGGUACAGUUUGGAAAUCCGAAAGGAUUCAACCUCACGGCAGUCUCGCUUUGCUGGGGCAUGCUGGUAGCCUCCCUGGGAUUUACUCUGCAGUGCCACAUGAACCCAGCGGUGACAAUUGCGUUGGCAGCAACGAGCCAAAUUAAUAUGGUCAAGGGGGCACUCUACAUUAUGGCGCAGUGUGCUGGUACAACUCUGGGAGCUCAGAUUCUGGGUCCUUUCACUGGAGCGAGUAUGAACCCUGCCAGAUCUUUUGGGCCAUCUUUCAUCUCCGGGUAUUGGAAGAAUCACUGGAUUUACUGGGUUGGCCCGAUUUCCGGCGCUUUCGCGGGAACCAUCUCAUACCACCUUCUGUAUCAAUCAUCUCCAAAGUCCGACCUUCGAAAGGAAGGAGUAAUUACUAAGAAUACCAGCAAUGGCCACAUUCCUCGCGUGGAAGAAAAUGGAAGUGUGCAUUGCGUCACCUUGGGCGCGUAAAUAUUUCUAUGCACCUCAAGAACCCUUUUUGUUGAUAGAUCGAUAUUUCGUGUGAUUUAAGUCAAAGGAGCCUAAAAGGUGGGGACAUCUCUGACAUGGAGCAGAGGUAAUAAAUGGCGCCAGAUUUCAAAAAUUGUCUGAAAGCCCAUUAAAUUUUAGUGACCAAAAGUUCAGGCUCAAAAGUUUGCAAAAAAUUACUGGCUGAAUGACAGCCUUUUUCUGAAUUAUGGAGAAGCACUUAUGUCAUUUUCCUAGUUUUUAUUGUGCCCUUAUGUUAUUUUGGAAUUAGUACGACGGUAUGUUAUUAUAAUUACAUUGCAUUGUUUAAAUCUGCGUGAGAACUUGACAUUUAUUGACCUCAUGACCAAUUUUGCAUUGACGAAAUGCAUUCCCACGUCAAAUAUGUUGAUAGAUAUUUUUGAGGCGAAACCGGUAGUCUGUGACAAAUUCAUCAAAAAGAUUGUGUACAUUGGCCCAACUAUUAUUUUUAUCAUAAGGAAGAAACAAAUUCUGAGUUUUUGUUACAUAUUCAGUCCGAUUGAAUUCAGUCAAUCCUUUAUUCAUAGCCAACAUCGCAAUUAAUGAUAUAAUUAAAAUAAUCAAUGUUAGACGGCUUACAUAUC